AUGUUCUCGGGGCGCCUUUUUGUCUUUUCUGUUCUCUGCUGGCCCGUCUUUGCUGUACCAACUGCUAAUGAUUGGCAAAACUUGGCCGAUUCACUCAACGGACGACUUCAUACUGCUCUCCCUUUUGCAUCAUCGUGCUUCUCGACUGUAAAUGGAAUAUCAAGCACACCCAACGAGACAGAAUGCGCCCAAGUUCAAGCUGAUUAUACAAAUGCGACAGUCCGAUCUUCGCAUUUCAGCGCGUAUACGAUGCCGCAAUGGGAGACCUGUCAACGGACCUCCAAGAGAUGCCUACUAGACCCUUCCAAUACCAGCAACCCGGCUGCCUUCGAAGGGAGUGACUGUCUUCAAGGAAGCGUGUCCUACACAUUAUGUAUUGAUGUACAAAGCGCUGAAGAUGUCCAAAAAGCGUACGAAUUUUCCAAAGCCACGGGCAUUCCCUUGUCUAUUAAAGCGUCUGGUCAUGAUUACAAGGGCAGGUCAAGCCUACGCGGCUCACUUUCGUUAUGGACCCGAAAUAUCGGCGGUUUGAAAUAUUCGGCAGAUUUUGUCCCGGAAGGGGGGGACAAGAGUUAUAGGGCAAUAACCAUGGGGGCUGGCGUAACAUUUCAGGAUGUUUAUGAGUUUGCUGACGCAAAUAACGUCACCAUCAUCGGCGCCUACCAUCAAACAGCGGCGGAUGGGUUAUGGCGAGGCGGCGGCCAUAGUGUCCUUACGCCUGUUUACGGCCUUGGCGUGGACCGUGUGCUUCAAUUCAAGAUUGUUACGCCUGAUGGAGAGCUCCGAGUUGCGAAUGAAUUCCAACACCCUGAUCUCUUCUGGGCGCUUCGAGGUGGGGGUGGAUCGACUUUUGGCGUCGUUCUCGAGUCUUCCAUGCUCGUGGAACCACGAAUGAGUCUUACUAGCGCUGCCAUAUCCUUUCCGCAAACAGCUGAGAAUGGCGUAUCUUUUCUGAAACUCCUCGUGGACCAUACAUACAGAUGGGGAACUGAAGGGUGGGGUGGCCAUAUGAGGUCUAACGGCAUAAUCAAUGUCAAUCCUCUGCUAACUCUAGAGGAGGCACAGGUAUCUGUCCAACCCAUCGUCGAUUAUGCUCUUGCACAAAACGGAACUGCUGUGGUAGAAGAGCUUCCUUCUUGGAUGGCAUUCUUCACAAAAUAUGUUUUAUCCGCUGAAGCUGCGAAGACCACUCUUGGAAGUCGCUUGAUACCGACUGACAAGUUUACCACUGACAGCGGCAAGGCUAGGUUACUUGAUAUUCUAACUAGGAUGGUACAGCAGUUCUCAAUUAACCCUUAUAUCGUGUUCGGAACGCCAUUCUUGUACAAUCAUACUGAAGGAUCCACUAGUGUUACUCCAGCAUGGCGAAAUGCGCUGUGGCAUAUGUCGUCCUCCAGGACAUUUAGCUGGAAUUCUACCGCUAUAGAUAUGUGGACUCAAUAUGAAUUCGUGAGCACGAUCACCCAAUCAUUGAGGGAAUUUUCUCUAGAUUCUGGUGUAUAUCUCAAUGAGUGUGAUGUAUAUGAGCCCAACCACGAAGAGGCCUUUUGGGGAGCCAACUAUGCCCGGCUCGUUCCAAUAAAGAAGCAAUACGAUCCUUUCCAUUUGUUAGAUUGUUGGAUGUACGAACUACUAGUUGGAUGGAAGGGUUCCUUGGAUGAGCGCUAUUCGUGCUAUUUGUGA